GAAGCCUUAAACCCUUAAAAGCCUCCAUCAUCUCCAAGACCGCAGCUAAGAAGAGAGUUAGAGGGGCUGAGAGAAAGAAAAAGAGGAGCAAAUGCUGGGGGUUUCGAGGCGAUCCGUCUCCGCUGCUCGACACCGAGCCCUGGCUCGCGCCACCACCUCUUCUUCCUCCUCCUCCUCCGCCUCCCCGCCCUACCCCAACUCGUUAAUGGAGAACAAGGACAAACUUCCUCAGUUUCAAACUAGAUGGUUUUCUAUGUUUUCUGCACCAAAAAACAAUGACCCAAACCAUGCAAUGCAUCUAAAUAUUCGAAAUGGCACUCUUGUUAGCAACCGUUAUGUGUCGACUACUGCAGCAGUUGAUACAUCUGAUCCACCUUGUGAGAAAUAUGAGUACCAGGCUGAGGUUAGUCGCCUCAUGGACCUCAUAGUUCAUAGCUUAUACAGCAACAAAGAAGUAUUUCUUCGGGAGUUGGUUAGCAAUGCAAGUGAUGCACUUGACAAGUUACGUUUUUUGAGUGUAACUGAACCUGAACUACUGAAGGAUGCUGUUGACCUUGACAUCCGUAUCCAAACUGACAAAGACAAUGGGAUAAUCACAAUUACGGAUACUGGUAUAGGUAUGACCAGACAAGAACUUGUUGACUCUUUAGGAACUAUUGCACAUAGCGGAACAGCAAAGUUUCUAAAAUCAUUGAAGGAGAGUCAAGAAGCUGGUGCUGACAGCACUCUGAUUGGCCAAUUUGGUGUUGGUUUUUAUUCAGCAUUCCUUGUUUCCGACAGGGUUGUUGUUUCAACGAAGAGCCCAAAAUCAGAUAAGCAGUAUGUGUGGGAGGCAGAGGCUGGUGCUAGUUCUUAUAUGAUUCGAGAGGAAACAGACCCAGAAAAACUCCUUCCAAGAGGGACUCGUCUCACGUUGUACCUUAAGCAUGAUGACAAGGGUUUUGCUCAUCCUGAAAGGAUCCAGAAACUUGUGAAGAACUACUCACAAUUUGUUUCUUUCCCAAUAUAUACAUGGCAAGAGAAGGGCUUUACUAAAGAGAUUGAAGUUGAUGAGGAUCCUGCUGAAGCUAAUAAGGUUGGGGAGGAAGAUACCAAAGCUGAGAAGAAGAAGAAGACCAAGAAAGUUGUGGAGAGGUAUUGGGACUGGGAGCUUACAAAUGAAACCCAGCCUAUAUGGCUUCGCAACCCUAAAGAUGUCACUACUGAGGAGUACAAUGAGUUCUACAAGAAGACUUUCGAUGAAUACUUGGAUCCUAUGGCCUCGUCACACUUCACCACAGAGGGUGAAGUGGAAUUCAGAUCUAUUCUUUUCGUUCCUGCCACAAGAAAGGAUGACAUAGUUAACACAAAGACAAAGAACAUUAGGCUUUAUGUCAAGCGUGUAUUCAUAUCCGAUGAUUUCGAUGGAGAACUUUUCCCAAGAUAUCUGAGCUUUGUCAAAGGUGUUGUUGAUUCAAAUGACCUUCCACUGAAUGUCUCACGUGAGAUCCUUCAAGAAAGUCGGAUUGUGCGCAUCAUGAGAAAGCGGUUGGUUCGGAAGGCCUUUGAUAUGAUACUGGGCAUUUCUCUUAGCGAAAACAAAGAAGACUAUGAGAAGUUCUGGGACAACUUUGGCAAAUUUCUCAAACUGGGCUGCAUAGAAGAUCACUCGAAUCACAAACGCCUUGCUCCACUUCUUCGGUUCUUCUCUUCUCAGAGUGAGGAAGAGUUAAUUAGCUUAGACGAAUAUGUUGAGAAUAUGAAACCAGAACAGAAGGAUAUCUACUACAUUGCAGCAGACAGCUUGACAAGUGCAAGAAAUGCUCCUUUCCUGGAGAGACUUCUUGAAAAGGAUUUUGAGGUGCUAUUUUUAGUUGAUCCCAUGGAUGAAGUCGCCAUCCAAAACCUGAAGUCCUAUAAGGAGAAGAACUUUGUUGAUAUCAGCAAGGAAGACUUGGACCUAGGUGAUAAGAAUGAGGAAAAGGAUAAGGAAAUUAAGCAGGAAUUUGCCCAGACCUGUGACUGGAUCAAGAAGAGACUGGGAGACAAGGUUGCUCGUGUUGACAUUUCCAGUCGCCUUAGGAGCUCUCCAUGUGUUCUUGUUUCUGGGAAGUUUGGCUGGUCUGCUAAUAUGGAGAGGUUAAUGAGGUCACAGACCCUUGGAGACGUUUCAAGCUUGGAGUUUAUGCGUUCAAGAAGGGUAUUUGAAAUUAAUCCGGAACAUCCUAUAAUCAAUGACUUGAAUGUUGCAUGCAGGACUUGCCCUGAUGAUCCUGAGGCUCUGAGGGCUAUCGAUCUUUUAUUUGACACGGCUCUGAUUUCUAGUGGCUUCACUCCUGAUAACCCAACGGAACUCGGUGGAAAGAUCUAUGAGAUGAUGGGGACUGCUCUUUCUGGCAAAUGGGCGUCCACAACCCCUGGGGUGGAGCAUGUGCGACCACACCAGUCUGCAGGAUCUCAAAACCCUGAGGCAUUUGAAGCUGAGGUCGUGCAAGAAACCGGUGGUCAGAAAUGAGAAUCUUGCAUGUUAGUAAUUUUCCAUGGUAGAGUCGGUAGUCUGUCUUUUCACGACGCUUCAAUUAUAGAAAACUUCGUGAUUGAUACAUAGAUGAGUGAGUAAUCAAAGAAUGUAACAGAACAGAAGCAAAUGUCUUGGUAAUCAGGCAUUUAUUUCAGUGCUUUUGGACAUUUACACACCUUGUUGCUAGAUUGAGAUUCAGAAAACAAGUUGUCUUUGUUCCUUUGUGGAAAAAUUUUAAUGGUCUAAUAGUUCAUUUUUAUCUUCUACAAGGAAAA